UGGCUCUGAUUGCAUUCAUCUGCAUAGAGACCAUCAUGGAGUGCUCCCCGUGUGAAGGCCUCUACUUCUUUGAGUUCGUGAGCUGCAGCGCAUUUGUGGUGACUGGAGUCUUGCUGAUUAUGUUCAGUCUCAACCUUCACAUGAGGAUCCCCCAAAUCAACUGGACCCUGACCGACUUGGUCAACACUGGACUCAGCACUUUCUUUUUUUUUAUUGCUUCCAUUGUCCUGGCUGCUUUAAACCACAAAGCCGGAGCAGAAAUCGCCGCCGUGAUCUUCGGCUUCUUGGCCACUGCGGUGUACGCGGUGAACACGUUCCUGGCAGUGCAGAAAUGGAGAGCCAGCAGCGUCCGCCAGCAGAGCGCCAACGACUACAUCCGCGCCCGCACCGAGUCCAGAGACGUGGACAGUCGCCCUGAGAUCCAGCGCCUGGACACGUGAGGGCCCGCAGGGUCCGCCUCCCUCCUGUCCUCGCGCGAAUCCUCUCACUCGAGUUUUCUUUCCCUCGUCACGUCAGAUUUUCAUGGGAUUCAGUUGAAUUUUGUCCUCUUUGGUAAAAGUUCAUUUUGGGAACAGGUUUCUGAAGUGCCCAGCGGGCAGGUCUGUGGGGCUGGAGAGGCCCGCGUUCUCUAGUGAUCAGUGGCCGUGGGAGCAGCCCCCUCACUGGCCGCCCUGUCCACUCCGGGUCUCCACCAUCCCAGAGCACAGGCCUCCCAGCUGACUCCGAACCACCCUGUCGUGUGUUUGGAACAAGUCAAGACUUUGGGUUGAAUGGGGCUGCUGAGGGGGAGGCUAUCAGGCAAUGAAGGUGCAGGGUCGGAGCCACCAGUCAGCAGCAGCUGUUGAGUCUGGCUGCCGGGAUCCAACCUAGGCCUUGUCUUCCUCGCCCAGGGCACCCCAGCAGCCGACAGAGCCCACACGCCAUGUGCCACUCUGAUGGUCUUGGCGGUAGGCUUGCUGGUGGGGCUCUUUGCUGAGGAUGGGGAAAACUGGCAUCCUCCCAGGCAGCUCCCCGCACUGAUGUCUCAUGGGAGGGUCACCAGUGAGAUAACCUUGCUGAGAAAUCACUUGAUUCUUCCUUAAAUGAAUCACCUUCCCAAAUCCCAGAUUCUGAUCCAGGAAUAUGGGGACCGUCUUGUUUUCUAGUUUCCUGCCUACUCUAAAAACUUGGAGGCUGAACUGCAGGAUUCCUGUAACUUUACCUUCUCAGGUAAAAGCCAUGAAGGAAACACAGUCCUUUCCACCAGCCAAAGCUCUUGCCUGUCUGUUGGCUCCUUGGACCAGAGGGGGGAGAGUGUGUGUGUGUAUGCAUGUGUGUGUGUACACGUGUGUAUGGCACACAGACACACACACACACCCCUCUAUUUAGGGCCGUGUACUAAUUUACUAAAUGCCUGGGAAGAGUUCUGAAGUGAGUCCAAGUAGAUUUGUUUAAGAUUUAGAAAUACUUGAAGCUCCACCAAUGUUUCAGAAGGCGUAAUUGUCACUUUUAAAGGGUGCCUCAGUGUCACAGCUGUGAACAUCAAUCUUAGAAGUUGUUGGGGAAAAUCCUGGUUACUUAAGGUUUUUGACUGAUUCUUGAUAAAAUCAAGAUUAUUAUUUGUGAUGAAUGAGUUAAGCCCCUAUGAUGCUGUAGGGUUUUUGUUUGUUUGUGUGGGAUUUUUUUUAGAUACUAAUGGUCUCUUCUAUGAAAAUUAUUUUGUCAGGUUUUCACUCUCUGAACUGAUUUUCAUGUUUACAAACCUCACUGUAGCUCUAAUAUUUUGUGUCUAGCCCUCACCAAGAUGGAAAAAAAAACCCAGACUUCUGGGAGGAAAUUCUGCGGUCCUGUGGAAACUCCCCAGGAGAUCCCAGUAGCAGGUGUUUACAGCAUUAGUAGUAUGCUGUGUAAUCAGUAACUCACAGGGGGGUGUGCGUCUGGGUGCGGGGAGGAGAGUGUGUGAGAAAGUGCCCUCCAUGCCCAUGUGGCUUUGCAUUCUUCAGAAAAGAGCAGCCUCUGGUUUUACGGCUGGAGUUGAUCAGGUACUGCUGACUGAUCGGGUCGGGGAACGUGGGAAAUGCUGCUGCCCCUGCAGGGUCAGGGUGAGGGGUCAGCUCCCUAAACUGAACAUCCGGUACAGUCCUACUUCUGCUGCAGCUCCCGUCCAUGGCAGCAGCCCAAGUCACAUGUUCAAGUGCCAUGCCUGCUUCAAGGGCUGACCCAGCUGGUCUGGUGGUUCCUCACCUGCCUCCUUCUGCCACUGAGGGCAGCCAGGCCUGGUUGUGGAUAGAGCCCCCUUCCCCUGUAUUUCAGGAGUCGUACAAAGCAUGCUUCUCAUUGACCCUAUUCUGUGUGAUGAUUUGCGGGGAGGUCAUAGCAUCUGGGUUAUAUCUGUCUACUUUACAUAUUUAUUUUGCAUUUGUCGAGUGUCUGUACAUAGUUAAAAUUGGGCUUAUCUCCCUCCGAGGGUUCCAUUUAAAACAGGAUCACAAAGACUUGGCCUGGCGUUCAACUGGGCCCACUUGGACAGACAAUCCUUAGCUUUAUCAGAAAUCUCUGGCUGGGGGACCAGCAGAUGGCGUAGCAGUUAUGUCAGUGGACUCCCACAUGGCUAAUGGUGGUUUGAGUCUCGGACC